CCAGAUCCCUGUUUCCUGCCCGCUUUGUGCUGUGUAGGGCUGGGCCGAGGGCUCUGGGGAUACAGCCCAAGUCCCAAAGGAGCCGAAUGAAGGGAAAACCCCCAAAUAGGACUAAAACCUGGCAAAACGGGACCGAAAUCAAGCUAAUCCGGCUGCACGAGGCUUCGGGUUUGGGAUUCUCCCUGUUUUCCAAGGCAAUUCCUGAGCAUUGGAGACAAAUAAGUGGCCCAAAAGAAGGAGAAGGCAGGAAGGGAGCAGGAUGCGGGCGCGUAGCUAAAUAAACACAGCGGCGCAGGGGGACAAAGAGGAUGGGGAAAGGGAAUAUAAUGUGGAAUAAGGCUAUUUCCACCCCAAAAGAUUCAGCAGCUGUGGGGAUCUCGCAGCUGGAAAACAGCUGUCCCGUUCCUGGGGGAGAGGAGACCUCAAAGGGAUCACUGGUGACGGGAUGGGCAUGAAAAGGCUCCCAGGACACGGCAGUAACCAGCGACAGGUCCCCCCUGGACCCAGCAGCAUCCCCAUCGGGAGCAGGUCCUGCUGAUGAAGAGGAGGUGAGACCCGAUCUGUAGCUCACCCGGUGCCAUUCCCUGUGGGAAGUUCCUGUUCCUCUCCCCAUCCCACCCCUUGGGGCCGCCUGGAGCCGUUCCCAUGCCGAAGAACAGCAAAGUGACACAGCGGGAGCACAGCAAUGAGCAUGUCACCGAGUCGGUGGCCGACCUGCUGGCCCAUGAGGAGCCCGUGGACUACAAACGCAGUGUCCUCAACGUGACAGGGGAGACGUGGGACAAGCAGAAGGAUGGGGAUGAGGAGCUGGAUGCGGAGAACCGGCCGGCCUGGAACAGCAAGCUGCAGUACAUCCUGGCGCAGAUCGGCUACUCCGUGGGGCUGGGCAACGUCUGGCGCUUCCCAUACCUCUGCCAGAAGAAUGGAGGAGGUGCCUACCUGGUUCCAUACCUGGUCCUGCUCAUCAUCAUCGGGCUCCCCCUCUUCUUCCUGGAGCUGGCAGUGGGGCAGCGGAUCCGCCGGGGCAGCAUCGGUGUCUGGAAUUACAUCUGCCCGCGCCUGGGAGGCAUUGGCUAUGCCAGCUGCCUGGUGUGUUUCUUUGUCGGUCUCUAUUACAAUGUCAUCAUCGGCUGGAGCAUCUUCUACUUCUUUAAGUCCUUCCAGUACCCUCUUCCCUGGAGCGAGUGUCCCAUAGUGAAGAAUGGCUCCGUGGCUGUUGUGGAGACCGAAUGCGAGAGGAGCUCGGCCACCACCUACUUCUGGUACCGGGAGACCCUGGACAUCUCCAACUCCAUCUCGGAGAGCGGGGGGCUCAACUGGAAGAUGACCCUGUGCCUGCUGGUGGCCUGGAGCCUUGUUGGCCUGGCCAUGAUCAAGGGCAUCCAGUCCUCGGGGAAGGUGAUGUACUUCAGCUCACUCUUCCCCUACGUGGUGCUGGUUUGCUUCUUGGUGCGGGGACUGCUGCUGCGCGGGGCGGUGGAUGGGAUCAUGCACAUGUUCACACCCAAGCUGGACAAGAUGCUGGACCCCCAGGUGUGGCGGGAGGCAGCUACACAGGUUUUCUUUGCCUUGGGGCUUGGCUUUGGGGGUGUCAUCGCCUUCUCCAGCUACAACAAGCAGGACAACAACUGCCACUUUGAUGCCACCCUUGUCUCCUUCAUCAACUUCUUCACAUCCGUCCUGGCCACCCUGGUUGUGUUUGCUGUGCUGGGCUUCAAGGCCAACAUCAUGAAUGAGAAAUGUGUGGUGGAGAACGCUGAGAAGAUCUUGGGCUACCUGAACACCAACGUGCUGAGCCAUGACCUCAUCCCACCCCACGUCAACUUCUCCCACCUCACAGCCAAAGACUACAAUGAGAUGUACAGGGUGAUCAUGACCGUGAAAGAGGCACACUUCAAAGAGCUGGGCUUGGACCCCUGCCUCUUGGAGGAUGAACUCAACAAGUCAGUGCAAGGAACUGGCCUGGCCUUCAUUGCCUUCACAGAAGCCAUGACCCACUUCCCAGCAUCACCGUUUUGGUCCGUGAUGUUCUUCCUGAUGCUGAUAAACCUGGGGCUGGGCAGCAUGAUCGGGACCAUGUCGGGCAUCACGACACCCAUCAUCGACACCUUCAAGGUGCGGAAGGAAGUGUUCACAGUUGGCUCCUGCAUCUUUGCCUUCGUGGUGGGACUGAUCUUUGUGCAGCGCUCUGGGAAUUACUUUGUCACCAUGUUUGAUGAUUACUCAGCCACGCUGCCGCUCACGGUCGUGGUCAUCCUGGAGAACAUUGCUGUGGCCUGGAUUUACGGCACCAAGAAGUUCAUGCAGGAGCUGACGGAAAUGCUGGGUUUCCGGCCCUACCAGUUCUACUACUACACCUGGAAGUACGUCUCUCCCAUCUGCAUGGCCGUGCUCAUGACUGCCAGCAUCAUCCAGCUGGGAGUCAGUCCUCCAGGCUACAGUGCAUGGAUCAAAGAGGAGGCGGCAGAGAAGUUCCUGUUCUACCCAACCUGGGCCAUGGCCAUCCUCAUCUCUCUGAUCAUCCUGGCAUCCCUCCCUCUGCCCCUGGUCUUCAUCCUCCGGCAGUUCCACCUCGUGUCGGACGGCUCCAACGCCCUCUCUGUCACCUACAAGAAGGGCCGGAUGAUGAAGGACAUCUCCAAUCUGGAAGACAAUGAUGAGACCCGCUUCAUCCUGAGCAAAGUGCCCAGCGAGACCCCGUCCCCCAUGCCCACACACCGCUCCUACCUGGGUCCUGGGAGCAAUUCCCCCAUGGAAAUGAGCAGUGCCCCCAAUGGACGAUAUGGGAGCGGGUACAUGCUGGCCAGCACCCCGGAAUCCGAACUGUGAUGGUUGCCUGUGGACCACCCCCACCGGGAGAGGAGGGCACUGGGGAGUGGGUCCUGGCUGUCCAGGCAACAGGAAAAUUACUUACAAAGGAAGAUGAAGAAGAAACCCCUCUUAAAACCGUAACCAAAAGCAGCCAUUUCUAGGAUGACAUCAGGAAGAAGGGAUUGCAGGAGGGGCAGGACUCCUCCGACAACCCUGGGUGGAGAGGCCGGAUCCCCCCGAGCCCUCGGGGAAGGGAGGAGGAACCAGAGAUGCUGCGAUACCUUUCCAAGAGUUGUUCUCAAUGCAGCUCAAACCUGAAGCAAAGAAGCUCUUUUCUAAGCAGCUGAUGGUUGGAAAAAGGACCUGGAGGCAGGUGGGAAGCCAGGACACUUCCUCCUGUCACCCAGAGCUCUUCCCUCCCACUCUGUUGUCCUUUAGCCGGGAGGAGUCAUGGCCUUAUUCCAACGAGCACAAUUACCCAUCGAUGUUCGGAGCACAAAAAGGUGCUGUUGUUGUCACCAUCGUUGUUGUUGUUGUAUCUCCUGUAGGUUUUUAUAGCUGUGGACACACCUAAAUAACCCCCCAUUUUGAGCAGGGUUGCCAGGGAGCAGCACGGGGCUGGCUGAGACAUUGCAAGGUGUGAGACAGGGGAUGGUGGAUCCUUGUAUCCGUUGUGUUGCCACCAGCAUGGGGACAGUGUCUGUGGGUUGUUGUGGGCCAUGGAGGUGUCACGUCCAUGGAUGGGCAGUUGUUGUGCUGAGUGGCAGGAGGACCUCGAAGUGAGGGUGAUUGAGAUGGGCGAGCGUUUGGGGUCUGGAUGGGGUUCCCAUGAUGGGGGUCUCUUGGAGUUACUCCUGACCUGUGGGAUGCUCUGCAUGGUGAGGGUCUCCUCUUGCCACACUCUUUAGAUGUCCCAGAGGGACAAGCAGGGAAGCAUCCAACUUCUCCAGGGGCAUCCAGCGCUACCACAGGCCUGGUUUAGCUCUCAGGAAACCACCUCCUGACUUACCUCCCUUGCACCCACCAGUGCAGUGACCCAGGCAGUGAUCAGCUCUGGGCACAUCCUUGUUUCUCAUAGCUUCAAGCCAGGAGGUCUCUAACACCUCCUGUUCCACAUCCACAGGAGCCCAACGUCCUUCGGAUGGAGGUAACCAUCUCCUGGGGGCAGCAGGCAUCUGCUGAGCAUCACUUACUGGGAAUCAGUGCCAGGUCCUGGUGUCCCUGCUAGCUCUUGAUCCAGGCUGGUGAGCCCUUCUUAGGGCCCUGGGGCUUCUAUCAUCCCCAUCCACAUUGUCUGGGGACCAGGCUGAUGGGACCUUAUGCUGGUUUUGCCCAGGCUCUCUAGGAAAGGUUGGGAUCUCCCAGCUCCCAGUCUCUCCCACAGCGCCUGAGGGUCCUUUCCUUGAAUCCUAUAUGUAGCCAAGCAUUGCUCUCAAGUAUUAGAUAGCAUCUUCCUUCUUUCCCAAGUGGGACAGGAGAGCAGCAGCUUGUUUGCCCCUCUUUGUUCUUGGCAUGUCACUAUGGCCUCCGAAAGCUGAGGGAACUCCUUAUCCUUGGUUCUGCUGGGAUAUGCAUGAUGGUGCUUCAAGCCAGUCUGAAGGCCAAGUUUGUGGGUGCUUGCUCAUGAGCCCUUUACUCCUCUGCUUUCAUGUCAAUGGGUUUUACUCUGCCAUGCUUCUCCUUUUGGCUGGGAGGUGAAGCCAGAUGGACCUUCUCUUACCAUCCCUGAGGCCAGGAGGUCCCCAUAAUGAUGCUUCUCUUGUGGGUUGUGAUCCCUUAUAGCCCUUCUCCAUGGGCUUGGCUGGUGGCCCUAAGACUCCUCCUGGACAACUAGCUCAGGCCCUUCAUUACCCGUUUGCCCAGGGGAAAAUGGAGACAUGGCCUGAAGCAAAGCAGCUCAGUCUUUGAUGGCUCUGAGAAGUGCCAGCCCUGGGAGGUCCCUCCUGCACUGGUCCCCCCUUCACCAUCCCCAUUGCUGCCUUUCUCUGUCCCCUGCCCAUGCAAAGGGGCAUCAGACAUUGUCUCUGAAUGGGAGAAGCACAAACCCUGUGGCAUUUCCCCAUCAUUAGGCAGGAUGUUCCCUCCCAUCUCUUACUUCUCCCUCUGUCCCCACUUUCCUUCGUCCAACCAGCAAGACAGAGGAUGAGCCAAAAGUCACCUUCCCAGUACCCCUAAGCACAGGGCUGGAUUCCUACCACAGCUCCCAUGGAGUUCACAGAGCAAUACACCAAAGGGCUUAGUCCCGUUUGCUCCCAUGGCGUGAUGCUCCUCAGACCCUGGGAGGAAGGAUCCAGCCUUCCACCUCUCCCAUCACCAUUCCCAAGCCAGCCAGGGAGGCGUUUGCUUUCCUCCCCUCUUCUUGCAGCGUCAAUAAGAGGCAAAGUCAAUAAGAAGGUAACAACAGAAGCUCUGUUAUAGAGAUACUUAAAGCAUAUACAGAGAGAGGAGAUGGAAUCAUAACCUAGAGAGUCUCUAUUUCUAUUGUAUAUUUAUUCUGUAAAUGUUACUGUAAAUGCUGUUAAAUGACAAAACAUAUCCCAAAGUGGCCCGUGACCUAUUCCCAGUCCCAGUGCUGUACAGAUCAAUUCUCAUUGUAUAUUGGGACCUAUUUCUACCUUUUGAUUUCUCAUGUGUGGCUCUUCCUUCCCCCCCCACCUUAUCCCAGGGCAUCCAUCAGCCCUGGGGCAUCCAGCAGAGAGGAGGAGGAGGAGGAAGGAUGACACCUUCCUUUUUAUCUGUGGCAAUACUGUAUUCCUUCGUGGCAUUUGGUGUUGGACACGGGGUGUGGGGCUGGGGGGUGUGUGUUACAAGUGGAAGUGAUCCGUGUUGUUGCCGUGUGAGUGUGCGUGUGUUGGUCUGUAGAUGCCGUGUGCGUGUCCGUGUGGAUGGGGUUGUUUGGGAUUCACUUUCUCGCUGUCCUCGGUCGCUUUUGGAGCCUGGGGGGGGGGUGAGUUCCUCCUGCUCACUGGGGUUCUCCCUCCACACACCUCCUGGGGGUGCUGAGCUGUGGGUCGGGCUGAUCCUCACUUGCUUUUAGCCCUAGAAAUCACUUGUUCCCCUCUUUUCCCCCUAGAGGCACAGGGAAUAGCUGCUACUUGUGAGCACAGGCACUUUUCAGUUCUCCUCCAGGCAGUGGGAGAAGGAGGGGGAACCACUGCUGAUAUUCCUGUCCUGCUCGGUGCCCAGCCUGGGUCCCAUUGCUCACAGCAGGAUGGGGGGACACAAGGAUGUGCUGGGUGGACCAGGAGGGGUGAAACCACUGUCCCCUCCUUGGGGACAGAGCUGGGGAGGGGUUCAGUGGGUCUGGAGAGGGGAUGGCUGGUGCUGGUGGUGCUGUGGGGCUGGGGGCUGGAUCUGGGAUGCUCCAUCCAGAGCAUCAGAUCUGCUGCUGGUGCUCUGGUGGGGCUGGACCCUGAUGGGGAUGGCUGGAGAUGGGUGUACUCUGCUGAUUGGCACCAUCCCUGGGUGCCCCUUGGCUCUUUCCCCUCCAAACCAGACCCUGUUUCCCCUCCUGGCCUCCUCCCAGACCCUCUGAGAUCACCUUAAACCCCUCCAUGGAGCAACCCCCUAUUCCUCCAUGGAGCAAACCCCAAUUCCUCCAUGGAGCAGCCCCCACUGCCUCCCUCUCCUCCCCAUCCUGCCCCAAGCCUGGGUCUCACCCAGAAGAGCCGGUGGCCUUGGUGGCUGGGGGGGAUGACACACACACACAUAUGGCAUCAUGCAGGAUGUGACCACCUCCCCUGUGGACAAGCACAACGCUGGUGAACCCCUCCUGUACAGGUAAAAGCACAGAUCUUGUAGUAACUUGUCCCAUGUAUCCUCGUAGCCGGUGUAUUUACCACGCGUGCCGUGCCGGCCGACUCCUCAGCAGUGGAGAGAACCCUGUAACAGAUGUAAUGGAGUCUGAUUAAAGUCUCUUCUUACCAAACCUCUUCU